AUGUUAUUAGCUUCAGAAAACUCAUUUCCUGAAAAAUAUAACAAUUGUCCAGAUCUACAAUUGGAACUCAAUGAGGGAAAGGAUUUGGUAAUUGAAGAAAAAUCUGGAGGAGAGCUUGAAAUUAUUAUUCCAAAAAACCAAAUAUUUGAGGGGCAAAAUACUGAAAUUAUCAAUCAAAUUGGGUGCGAAAUGCCACUUUGCAAGGAUGAGAAUGUUUUAAAUUGCCAUCAUUCAUUUAGAGAUGACAUUAAUAAAACAGGAUUGAAAGAAUUAAAUCCUUAUUAUAUUUUGCAAGGCGACAACUUUUCAAAUUCAAGAAUUUGCAAUAUAGGAGAGAUCAUUGGUCAAGAAACUUUGAAUGGUGUAGUUUCAGAUAACAAUUUCCAUGAACUUUUUUCAAUGGGGUGUCAAGAAUCAGAAGAUUCCCAUGAACUUAAAAUUCCAACAGGUGAAAUUGAUGGAUUAAAACAUGAUCAUUCAAAUCACAAGGCAUUAUCUAAUCUUCAUUUCCAUACUAAUUUUAGUAUUUUUGGUGAGGUAAUUCAGGAUAAUGGACCAAGAAUAGUGCAUCCACAAUGUUAUCAACACCAAAUUCGAUCGUCGGGACUGGAUAAAUUUACAGCUGUUGAUAGAAAUGGGAAAAGGAGUAUACUACAUGAGGUAGAAACUCAGGCACAACUAAUGCCAUCAAUUCCAGGAGUAUACUUUGAUAGGAGGCAAAUUGGUUAUAGGGUCAGAUAUCAUAACUCCUAUGUUGGAUGGGUUGCCUUGAGUAGGCAUUCUUCAAUAAAAGAUGCUUAUGAGUAUGCAAAACAGCUCUGGUUGAAAGCUAGAAAUAAGAGUAAAAUGGGUAAAUACCAUACAGAGGAAAUUGAAAUGGGAAACCAAAACAUCGGAUCGAGAAAGAGAACCAGACUUGGUUUUUAUGAUGAGAAUCGUCAGCUGAAUCAAACUCUUUUGUGCAAGCCAGGAGUUAUUAAUGAAAAUAGUGUAUGCUUCGACUCUAAAAAUAUAGAGAAUGAACAAAUUUUUCAAAGUAAAUAUUAUAAUACUGAGUACAGCUCCAGAAAAGAUGAUUUUGGCCUCCAUUCUAUUAUUGAAAAUGGGUAUGGUUUUUCAGAUAGUGCAAUAACAAAACAACCUUUGGGACAAGAAACUUCCAGUGAAUUAGCAAAAAUGUCUCAUUAUACUGCACUAGAAACAAUGAGAAAACUAUAUUUUGCUACACAAGAAUAUAUGGAAAAGUGGCCGUCUUCUGAUGGACAUUAUACAAUCCAUUGGUCAAAUAUAUCAGAUCUGAGCUCUUAUUUAUAUGGGGAGGACCACGAACAAAACCAAAAAAGAGAUUUAAAUAGCAAAAAAUCAAAGAACUUUCGGAAAAUAUACAUUAAUUCAGAAAAGCAAAAUAUAAGUUUGGACAAUCUAAACAUAAAUAAGAAACAAAUAGAAAGCUUUAAUUAUAUAUGGUGA